AUGAAUCCAGAGCAGAUUGAAGCUUUCAAGCGUCAAGUUAUUGAUUACUCAGAAACAAAAGCACAUAUAUCGCUUGAUAACGAUAUGACAAUAGAUAAAAUGAAAGAAUUAAGGAAAUUUGGAAUAUUAUUAAAACCAAAAGUUCCGAAACAAUUCAAAAUGUGGGAAUUAGCACCUUCAAAUGCUGGAGGUGAGAUUUCUAUUGAAUUUUUUGAAGCACUUUUUGGUUUUCAAAUUACUCCAGAAGCUUUUAUUGGAAUUCCUGCCCCAGUUGAGGAAAUAAAGGAACCAGAAAGAAAAUCACAAGAAAACUUCAAGAAUGAAAUGCCUAAACCACGCAAUACUAAACCAGAAAAGCCAGAAAAACAAGAAAAGAAAAAUAAUUUUUCAAUUCAUAUAAAUGAGCAGCCACGACAGCAACAACAAUAUGAGGAACCACAACAAGCACCGGAACCUGUAGAACAAAAUCAAAAAACUGGUGCUUUUAGAAUCAAACCAGAAGCUACAAGAGAAAGACAGUAUCCAAGACAACAACCUCGUUACAAUGAAGAAUACCGUCGUCCUCCUAUGCCAAGUAGGGAAGAAAACGAAUACUUUGAUGAUGGCCAAGAUAACGAAGAACAGCGUCCAAUUAGGAAUAGAGGAAGAAGAUUUGAUAGACCUGGAUACGAAAGACAAGAAGAUUUUGGCAGACAAGGAGGAUAUGAUAGACAAGGUGGAAAUCAUCGCCGAAACUACGAUCAAAAUUAUUACGAAGAUCAUCCACGUGAUAAAAUUGAGCCAGAGCGUCCACCCAUCAAUCGCCAGCCAAUUCAAAAGCCUAAGAAAUCAGAACUUUCUCACGAAGACUUCCCAGCGUUAGAACCAACACCAGCUGAACCAGUUCAAGAUCAGAAACAAGAAGAACCAAAGGAAGCUGCUCCUGUUCAAGAAGAAAAAGAAAAACCGAAACAAGAAAAAUACGCUUGGAAAGGAGUUUUAGAAGAUGAGCCACCAAUUGACGAUGAUGAAGAAUGGAAGAAGAUCCGCAAUGCUGAUUACAUUAAAGCUGUUAAAAAUGACAAAACUUUAAUAAUUGGCGGAAAUUCUUACUUAAUUGGUGCAAUUCACAAGUUUAUUAAGAAGACUAUACAAGAUAAUCUUGAAGAUGGAGAUGAUGUUGAUGUUGAUGAAUUAUUUGAUGGUAUUAAUCAAAUUCAAUUUAAGUAA